AUGGACGUGAUAAGGCGAAAGCUACAGAGGAUAAGAGUCAAGGCCAACAGAAGAAAGAUGAGUGCGAUGGUCGUCGACACCAACCAAAGAAAUGACACUCAAAUCGUCAACGACCUAAUGCACUACUCAAUCAAUAACGCCGAAGUCAGUAUUCAAGAUCAGCAGUUCUACGAGUGCGCCGUAAAGUCGCUCAUCCGGAGGCUGCGUCGCAGCCAAGAAAAGGGUAUCGUUGAAAAUCUCAUCAGAAGCGUGAAGCAUGCAGACCAGGACACUGCCUGUGUCAAAAUUCCACGUUCUCUUGAUGGACGCAUGCAAGUUAUGCAGAAGAAAACUAUUCCGCAUGUAAUAUUUUACCAAAUAUGGCGAGAUAAAACAGUGAAGUCGUACCACGAGCUGCAAGCAAUCGUCACAUGUCGCCAUGCAUACGACAUGUCACAGACCGGUGGCGAGAUCUGUGUCAACCCAUUUCAUUAUGAAAGGCGCGUGCGACCACAACUGAACGGCAUCCACCAACUGGUCGAUAGAAGAACUCCUUAUUGUUACAGUAUGAGUUCGAUUAGAGCGAAAUACGGAGCGGACAUUCGAUCUUCAAUAAAACUACAAAGCCAAGAUACUUGCUAUUCGUUCGACGACAGCAAUCAAAACAUGGUUUAUGACAACCAGGCAACGGCUCUACCGGCCUCCAACUUCCAGCAAACAGCCCUUGUACUGCAUCAAGGACAGAUGCAGUAUUCCAACGAAGGAGAGACAUCCACUAACAAUGGUCAAGCGUGGCUUACAGUAGCUUACUGGGAGCGAGAGAUUCGUCUCGGUGAAAAGUUUUUCGGUUGGCAGCCAGACGUAUUUAUCAGCGGUGGAUACAACCCUAACACUGAAAACGGGUCUAAAUUCUGUCUUGGAGCGAUCGCGAAUCCAAGUAGGGAUGACAAGACCAGCUCUGUUCGCUGUCACAUCGGGCAAGGGAUAAAAAUCUCCGGAGGUCCAAACUGCCAAGUCGUUUACCUUGACAACCUUUCUGAUCAUGCUGUGUUCAUCCAAAGUCAAAACUGGAAUAUUCGUGCCGGGCAACACAAAAAUAAAAUCAUAAAAGUCCCUUCGCGCGGCAGAGCUGAGGUCUUCAACACCUCUGACUUUUACGAACGACUCUUUGCCGCCAAAAUCCACGGAUACAACGCCGUCGCCGAUCUCGCUCACCACUGCACCAUGCGUCUCAGCUUCGUGAAAGGCUGGGGCGUGGGCUACAAAGUGCAAGAGAUCACUUCUACUCCAUGCUGGGUGGAAUUGACCCUUCAACACUCACUCGCAUGGAUCGAUGACUUUCUUAAGGGUCUUGACCCUCCAGGAAAGAAGCCAAGCUCAUUCACAUAA